AUGUCAGACCGAAGCAACAUUCCACCGAGUGGGCGCAACCCUCUCUACGGGGGACCGUCGAACAAAUCCUUCAACCGCACUCCCUCGUGGGCCUACAAGAACGGCGGAGACGGCGGGGAUGGCAGCGAUCAAGGCUCCCCGACCGCAUCCCCCCUGCGCAGCCACCGCAACGCCUCUCAGUCCCCUUACUACGCGCCACAGUACGAGAACCCAGGCUACACAGUCGAGACUCCGAGCGCAUACGACCCGUACUUGAUGACCAGCGGGUCGAUUCACGGCAGCCAUCUGUACCGCCCAACGGAAACCUACUUCGUGCAGACUCCCGCGCAUUCCAUACGCGGUGCGCGCGUGGACGAGUCGCCGGAAUCCUCGGCGCCGUCGUCGCCGCAGCACCCGGAGGGUUACGCGGAGAUGGGAGGAAAGUUCGGCGAAGAGGCGGUGUUCGACGACUCGGAUCACGAGGAUGAAUUCUACCCGGACAUUCAGAGGGAGAAGUUCCGCAAGAAGCGCUUCAAACAGUUCUUCUGCUUGUGGUCGCUGCUGGUCGUCGCGGCGCUCAUCGUCGCGGGAUGCAUUAUCGCGUGGGUCGUGUACCAGCCAACACCGCCCACCUACACCAUGGACGUACGUCGGAAACCAGGAAAUUGUUCCAUUGCCUCAAUCUCCCUGACCUUCCCGUGCCUUUCUCCCUGCGCCUCAUUCGCGUGCCGUUCCCCCCUCCCCCGUCCGCAGUACGCGAUGGUGAACGAGUUUCAGACGUUUCCCGAUAUGCUGGACGGCAACGGGCUGCCGACGGACCAGCUGUACGCCAACCUCACGCUCAUCUUCUCCAUCCGCAACCCCAACACGCGCUACGUCUCGUGGUUCGACGGCGGCGAAGUGAGCCUCGGCUACAGCUCCAUCAAGGCCAUGAUGAAGGGACAUUUCCCCAAGUUCAAGCAGAACCAGCUGGAGUGGAACAGUUUCAACGGGUCCGCCUCCACCAUGGCCUUCCCCCUGUACGGCGGCGGCAUGGCGCUGCGCUCCGACAUGGCGGAGCAGUACGUUCCGCUCAGGCUGAAUGCCACGCUGCGCGCGCACGUGGAUGUGAUCUGGAAGGUCGUGUCGCCCGUGUACACCCAUUUGAUGGAGUGUAUUGUGAACAUUAACCCCCUGGCGCUGCAGUACAUCAACGACACAUGUACGGUGACACAGAUUUGA